AUUCAAGAGCAAAGAUAUGUCAGUGUGUGGUGAGAGUCUGAGAAGAAAGUGACCUACAGCAAUUCUGUGAAAGAUGAAUCCUAGUGGCAUGAUUGAACCCCCAAAAAGUUUGCUAAGGGCACUAAAUGUACCUAAAAAACUGUUGAUGGGUCCUGGACCAUCAAAUUGCUCACCUCGUGUUCUACAUUCUCUGAGUCAACAAGUUAUUGGUCAUUUGCAUCAGGAAUGCUUACAGAUCAUGGAUGAAAUAAAAGAAGGGCUGCAGUAUGUGUUUCAAACAAGGAACAGGUUGACACUUGCUGUUAGUGCCACUGGUCAUGCUGGAAUGGAAGCAGUUAUGUGUAAUCUCAUAGAACCUGGGGACACUGUCCUUGUUACGGUGAAUGGGAUCUGGGGAGAAAGAGCUGCUGACAUGGCUGCUCGUUAUGGUGCUGUUGUACACAAGGUUGGGAAGCCGUUGGGUGAAAGCUUCAGCAUAUCAGAAAUUGAACAGGCAUUAAGAAAAUUCCAUCCAUCAUUACUUUUUGUAGUUCAGGGAGAAUCUAGUACUGGUGUCUUCCAGCGGUGUUGUCAGCUUGGUCCACUAUGCCACAAGUAUGGCUGCCUGCUUGCUGUAGAUACAGUCGCAUCACUUGGUGGUGUUCAGUUUUAUGCUGACCGAUGGGAAGUAGAUGUAGUAUACACAGGCUCACAAAAGGUUCUUGGAGCUCCCCCAGGACUGGCACCUAUAAGUUUUAGUCCCCGAGCAGAAGCUAAAAUAAGAGGAAGGAGGACACCAGUAAAAGUUUUCUACCUUGAUAUGACUUUGCUGGGAGACUACUGGGGCUGUUUUGGAAAUCCUAGAAUAUACCACCACACAGUGCCAGUAACUUUAUUAUAUGGUCUGCGUGAAGGUCUGGCACAACUAGCAGAGGAAGGUUUACAGAAAUGCUGGGAAAGGCAUAAGAAUUGCAGUAUUCAGCUUCAUGAAGGAAUCACAAAACUUGGCCUUGACUUCUUUGUUAAAGACCCAACAAGUAGACUCCCUACAGUAACUGCUAUUUCUCUGCCUCCUCUCAUUGAUGGACGAGCUGUAUCAAGAUAUGCUAUGGAAAGAUAUGGUCUGGAAAUAGCAGGUGGACUAGGUCCAACAGUUGGAAAGAUCAUGAGAAUUGGUCUAAUGGGAUACAAUGCAACUCUAGAAAAUGUCUCUCUCACAUUGGCUGUUCUCAAGGAAGCUCUUGCUCAUGCUACUGCUUCACGUCUUUAACUGAUAACUCAAUUACUUACUAUUUUACUAUUAUUAUGAUUGUUAGUGUUACUUUGCAUGACUGGUUUAGUUACCAUCACAAUUGCAAUGAUCAUAAUAAAGCUCUUUGUUAUGGUGGA